AUGCUGACCUCGUCGAGACUAUUCGCCCACCCACCCAAAGCGCCCAUGCUCCCCUCCCACUUCCCUCUCCCACACCAGUUGCCGAUAAUCCGCCUCCUCUAUGCAACAUUCACCCAACCCAACCUAAAUCCCAACUGCUCCAACACCCAACCGCAACGAACCUCCUGUGAACUCAGACAUACGACCCAAAGCGCGGUGCGCCUGCCUACUCCAGCAAUGCCACCCAACACCACACACCAACUGCGCAACACAUGCAGUGCCUCAAACUACAACACUACAGCUGUCCACGCAGGCCUCUCCCCUCCCUCCUCUGCUAACACCCUCAGAAACGAACUUCCUGUCAGCCAAGUCGCCACAAUCCACGCUUGUCGUUCUACACACUUCACCAUGCACAGCCGCAUCCGCAUCCCCUCUUCCCAACACCGCCCCAAUACGACACCACCACCCAGCAACUAG